AUUCUCGCCGGGAUUGCCGGCUCACGGGCUCGUCCUGUCUCGGUGGCGCCCUGCGCGGGGCGGCGGGGGGCCGGCCGGUCGGCGGCCCAUUCGAAGUCCUGGCCGCUGGGUCUCUAAGAGCCCGCGCCGCACAGCUCGUGGAACCAGAGCGAGGUACGCGGGCGUCCCGGGGCGCUCACUCGGCCGUAUGGAAAAGGCCCAUUUCCACAUCUCAGCUGUCAGGCUCCGAAAUUACUCGUGCGAGGAGAGGCUGGGACUAGACGGGAGCGGUGAGCUGGGCAGCUGACAAAGAAGCAGACUCUGUGGUCUGAGCUUCAGACAGAGCUUUCCCGGCACCGGCGUUCCCAAGCGCCAGACCUUUGUGCAAGGCCACGGGUACUGAGGUUCGCGCGUUUUCAUUUGGUGGAAAAUUACGUUUACACCAGAGCGAUCCGCUUCACACCGCUUGUAUAUCACCCAAGGAAAAACAUUCUUUGUCUUUGCUUUCACAUUUAACUUCUGAUGGCCACACUGUUAUUACAGUGAAUCAUUGACAAAAAAUGCGAAGUUCUAAAAGCCACGGUUAUCUUUAGUCAGAAUGAGCCUCUUUCUGUAGGUCUGAAAUCGUUAGAACAGCAUAUCUGAUUGUAGCUACCUUCGUGUCAAUUAUUUAAAUCUUGUGGCGCUGAAGGUUUUUCAACAGCAUUUUUUCCCGGAGCCCCAUCAUCUCAAGCGUAACAAUGGGCAACUGGCAAAUAGAUCUGAAGUUCUGAAGCGAACUGUCAAGAGAAGGGUCAGAAGGGAGCGAAGUCCUGAUUAACGUGAAAUCCACCCAAAUAAAUGACAGGGAGAGCUUCCUCCACGGUGGUAUCCUCUGCUGCUGCAUCCCUGUGGCCCUCCGUCAGCCCCAGACCCAGGCCUCCCAGGCACCUGAAGUCGGCUCUUGGCUCCUGCUUUUUGCUGCUUUAAGCCCCCAGCCCCCAGCCCCACCUUCCCUAUAAGUUUUGAGUAGUCAUUCCACCUGAGCGGGAAGGGCGUCCACUACAGGUGGAGAGAGUUGCUAUAACCUCCUCCACUGGUGCCCCCCACUCAGCCGCACGCCGAGGGGUGGCUGCCUGACUCCCACCGGGCCCGGGGGGGCAGGAACACGAAAACCCCUCACUUGGAAAACUUACAGACUUGUUUUAGCAUGAACAAAUACAAAGUGUUCAGAGCUCAGGAAAGUUGUUAGUGGGUAUUAAACUGCCCCCCAAAAGAGAGAAAGACGUUUUCUUUGAAGAAAGUGAAAAAGGUCACUUUUUGCUCUCAGUGUUAUAACUGGGACCUAGGUCAGGGUGAUGCCACCUGAGGAAGCCCGGGGUGCCGAGGCCGUCCUGCCUGCAGUCACCAAGGAUGUGCCCGGUCCUCUUGCUCCAGGCUAGGACGUCCCCUGGGGGGAAGCCCCAGCCCCACCCCAAGCCCACAGGAGCCCUGCCAGGUGUGGUGACACCAAGAGGGCUGUCAAAGGAAGCCAGGCAGGGGGCUGUCAGCCAGGUCUCCGUGGCCACCCACAGGUGCCUGCGCUGGACCCGCGUGUUUGCCAGGCCUCUGGACAGGUGGCGGGGCAGCCCCUGCUGUCCACCCUCCCCAGAUGCUGCUCUACCUGAGUGGGACGUACUACGCCCUUUAUUUCCUAGCUACGCUCCUGCUGGCCGUGUACAAAAGUCAGGUUCUCACUUAUCCUCACAGUUACCUGGUCUUCGACCUGACCCUGCUCUUUCUGAUGGGCAUUCUGGAAGCAAUUCGGUUAUACUUCGGCACCAAGGGCAACCUGAUGGAAGCCGAGGUACCGCUGGCUGCCAGCCUGGUCCUCACGGUGGGCGGUGCCCUGCUAUCCAUCUACUUCUUGCUCUGGCAGACCCUGGUGCUGUGGGCAGACUCGGCCCUCAGCGCCGUGCUCCUGGCACUCCACGGCCUGGAGGCUGUCCUGCAGGCAGUGGCCAUCGCCGCCUUCGAAGGCUAGGUGGGCGGUGCCUGGCCCGCGGGACAGCCCUGGGCAGGAGACCCUCCUCAGAGCUAGACUGUGCCCCAGCCGUCACCUCCCCCGCUGACGGUUGCUGAACGGGAAGGACAUCUUCGUGCUGACCUGCCCGGUGUUUGUUAGCGGGUCAGAUGGUGUGGAGGGUCUAUGAGGCGGAGGUGGGGUCGGGAACCAGGGCAGAACAAGGUGCUGGGCAGGGGUGGGGCUGUCCCGGCCUGUCUGCGGGGAAUCGCGGGGACCUCCCUGGCUGGUGGGGAUCUGGCUUCAGCAGCCACCGACAUCCGGGGUGCAGAGGGGGACGAGGCCUUCGGAAAGCAGGCAGCCAGGCCAGUGCCCUCGUGGUGUCGUGGCAUCUCCCUGUGGAUAUUCUCUCUUGACGGUAUUUUUAAAUAAAGAAGCUUCUCUACCUCU